CUGGCGCGUAUAUCUACCAAGUCUCUCUUCGCUCUCCUCUUUACUGCUCUCGCUCUCGUUCUGGCGCGCUUCCCUCAAAUAACAUCGUUCUUCUCUCGCUCGCUCUCUAGCAUAAUGUCAUCUACAACUACAGUUACUUCUCCGCCUGCAUCCACCAUCCCCAAGUCAGAUGCAGAAUGGAAAGCCGCACUUGACGCUCUACCGUCAACGCCCGAGAAGAUCCCUGCGUUCUUCUUUGGGCACGGUUCACCUCUCCUCCAGUUCCCGGACCACCUCUUGGGUGGUAGGGGCGCAAUGGAGGAACACGCAGGUCCGAAGGGCCCUCUUGCUCGUUUCUUGAAGGAUUUUGGACCGGCGUUGCUGGAGAAGUAUAAACCGAAGGGUAUACUUGUCUUUAGUGCUCAUUGGGAAACGGAGGGGGAGCGGUUAGUAACCGACUACGGAGACGACCAACCUCUCCUAAUGGACUACUUCGGCUUCGACCGGGAAAUGUACGAACUCCAAUUCAGCUCGAACGGCUCAUCCGAACUCUCCCAACGCGUCGUCUCAGCAUUCACCUCCUCGGGCUUCCUCGCACGCACAACCACAAAGGACCAAGCCCGCGGUCAAGACGGCCGGGGGUUCAAUGGCCCCGGACUCGACCACGGCGUCUUCAUUCCCUUCCGUAUCAUGUUCGGACAUACAUUCACCGACGUACCUAUCAUCCAAGCGAGUAUCGACGGGAACCUCAGUCCCGAAGGGAACUGGGCUGUCGGGAAAGCAGUGGCGAAGUUAAGGGAAGAAGGGAUUUUGGUCCUUUCUGGUGGACUUACGAUACAUACGUUCCAGGAUUGGUCGGCGUUUGCGGAGAGUACGGCUAAGCCUGUUUAUAAGGAGUUUAAUCAGGCUAUUUUGGAGGCGGUGCAAAAGCCUGAGCCGGAGUUGAAAGAGGCGCUUGUGAACCUUACGAAGCAUAGAGGGUUCAGGCUGGCUCAUCCGAGAGAAGAGCAUUUCAUACCCAUUUAUGUUGCUGCUGGUGCUGGUGAAGGUGGAGAAGCAAAGAUCGUUGCAGGAAUAUAUAGUGCUCCGACGAUUGCUUUUGGUUUAUAGAAUCUGAGUUUCGGGCUUCUGUCGUGAAGUAAUGCUUUGUGUAAUGGAACAAAUGUAAUCUAUAUAGCUAUGGAUGUCCUGAAGUUCAGUCCUACAGUAAUGCAAAGGUAUUCGCAGACGUUCUGUAUGCAGCCUCAACAAAGUCAGAGACGUGUAGUUAAAAGACAUACGCAUACACACAGAAUCUAGUAAAACGCUACUAUAAACCGCUCAAGAAAGCAGCCAAACCACCUCCUUCCGGAUCUCCUCCAUCUUUUCGGGACGCACUUUGCUUUUGGUCCCUUGAACGAGCGAGCAUCUCCUGCAAACCAGCUUUCUUUUUCUGUCGCUUGGCGGCCGAGUUAGAUUGCGGUUUUGAGAAAUUUGAAGAAGAUUGAGAGCCGCCUGGACCGGCAGCAGACGCUAAGUUACGAAGUAUUGGGUUCUCGGUCUUUCGUUUGCCAUGGGACUUGGUGCUGAUAUCAGUGGUAAUAUCAGAGCUUGCUUCGGUCUUCUCGUCCAAUACCGGCGGCGUAUAUUGCGCACUGUCCGCUAGUAACGAGGGCGUUAACGAAGUUGACUCAAGACCCGUCCCGGGCGACUCAGAACGAGAUGUAGGAUGCGAAUGCGAUGCGGCGCUCAUAUCUCCAGCACUUCCAUCGCUCCGCUCUAUGGCCUGAGAUCCGCAGUAACCACAUACAGCGCAUGUUAUCUCCACGCGACGACGACGAGGGCCAUGCACAGGGGGAGGAGGGAUAUUAAUUGCCUCUUUCCGAGUAUGAGUCUGAGAUUGCGAGGAGGCGUGCAUUGUGUUUUUAUUUUUUGCAGCCAUUGUUUUGCUUGUUCUUCUAUGUUUGGAAGGCUGCGAAGCGAGGCGCGUGGUCACGGGCAGGUAGGUGCAUCGU